AUGGAAGAGGUGGAGUUCCAGUACAGGAAAGUGGUUACCUAUGAGGCUGGAGAGAGUGUGCCCAGGGAGAAGCAGGGUGAAGGCCUAGAUCCAGUUAAGGUUGAACAUGAGAAAGCGAUGUCUAUGAGUGGUGAUGACCAGUGUAAGGAGGAGGAAAUCCUUCCAGAGAUCAGCACAGAUGAACCAUGCAGAAGGCAUGACACUGAAGAACAUUCCAAGACCCCUCCAGAGGGUGCAACAGAAGGUGAUGAGGUUACAUCCAGUUCUUCAGAAGAGAUCCCCAUAGCCCCAAAACGUCACCCAGUACCUCCUAGUGCAGACCUAGCACUCGAUGCCUUUACACGUUGGGGGUGGUUCCCUGACCAUGCCUAUCAUAUCAUCCAGCACGUACCCAAAACAGAAGACAGGCCCUUACCGUGUUACGAGUGCGGGGAAUCGUUCACCCAUUUAGAAGAACUCAUUUCUCAUCGGGCCAGUCACAAACUCGAGAAGCCGUUUUCAUGCCCUGAAUGUGGAAAGUGUUUCACCCGGAGGUCCAAUCUCCUUCAACAUCAGAGGAUUCACACAGGGGUGAAGCCAUACUUGUGUUUGGAGUGCGGGAGAGGUUUCACUGAGAAAUCCAGUCUCAUCCAACAUGAGAGAAUUCACAGAGGCAUUAAGCCUUUUUCCUGUUCUCACUGUGGGAAAGGUUUCACUCAGAGAUCUAGUCUUACCGUGCAUGAGAGGAUCCACACUGGUCUGAAGCCAUAUACAUGUUCCGAAUGUGGCCGAUGUUUCACUAAGGGGUCGAAUCUUACGGCGCAUCUGAGAACUCAUUCCGGGGAGAAGCCGUUUUCUUGCUCCGAAUGCGGUAAAAGUUUUCCCUUUAAGUCGUAUCUUAUAAUACACGAAAGAAUUCAUACUGGGGAAAACCCAUUUACAUGCUCGGAGUGUGGGAAGUGUUUUUCUCAGAAACAGCAUUUAAGUUCGCAUCAGAGGAGUCACGCGGCCAAGAAGCCAUUUUCAUGUUCGGAAUGUGGGAAGUCUUUUACCCAGCGAAACCAUCUCAUCUCACAUGAGAAGAGUCACACCGGAGAUCAACAUUUCUCAUGUUCUGAAUGUGGGAAGUGUUUUGCCACAAGAGACCUUCUUAUCGCACAUCAAAUGAGCCAUACAGGGAAGCUGCCAUUUUCAUGUUCGGAGUGCGGGAAAUGUUUUACCUGGAGAGCCACUUAUCUGAUACAUCGUAGAACGCACACAGGGGUGAAGCCAUAUUCAUGUUCAGAAUGUGGGAAAUGUUUCUCCCAGAAAGCAUGUCUUAUCUCUCAUCAGGUGACUCAUACAGGUGAGAUGCCUUAUUCCUGUUCAGAGUGUGGGAAGUGUUUUUCUUUUAAGCACUUGCUCAUUAAGCACUAUAGAGUUCACACGGGAGAGAAACCUUUUUCAUGUUUGGAAUGUGGAAAGUGCUUUUUCGAGCGGAAACGUCUCAUCUCCCAUCAGAGAUCUCACACAGGGGAGAAGCCAUACUCCUGUUCAGAAUGUGGGCAGUGUUUCACUUCGAAACAUUCACUCACGGUUCACCAUAGAGCUCACACAGGGGAGAAGCCAUACUCCUGUUCGGAGUGCAGAAAAUGUUUCACGGCAAGGUCAAGUCUUUCCAAACACCAGGCGCGCCACACUGGGAUGAAGCCGUUUUCUUGCUCUAUAUGCGGCAAGCAGUUUUUCCAUAAAUCUAUUCUCGUCACGCACGAAAGACUUCACACAGGGGAGAAGCCGUACUCUUGUUCCGAAUGCGGCAAAUGUUUCAGCGAUCGGUCAAAUCUUACUUCACAUCAAAAAAUUCACAUUGGGGAGAAGCCAUAUCCAUGUUCGGACUGCGGAAAAUGUUUUUCCAAGAAGGGCCAUCUCAUCUCGCAUCAGAUGUGUCACACAGGAAAGAAGCCAUUCUCAUGUUCCGAAUGUGGAAAGUGUUUCACUCAGAGAAUCCAUCUCAUUGAGCACCAGAGAACUCACACAGGGGAGAGGCCUUAUUCGUGCCCUGAAUGCGGGAAAAGCUUUGCCAAAGUAUCGAAUUUUGCCGCCCAUCAGAAAACUCACUCGGCGGAGAAGCCGUUCAUUUGUUCCGAAUGUGGCAAAAGUUACCCGAUCAAGUCUUAUCUCAUCAGGCACGAACAAAUCCACACAGGGAAAUACCCAUAUAAAUGUUCCAAAUGCGGCGAAUGCUUCUUUCACAAAUCUUCCUUGACGAGGCACGAGAGGCUUCACACGGGGGAGAAGCCGUAUUCAUGUUCCGUAUGUGGGAAAUGUUUUGCCUUGAAAUCGAAUCUGGCCGCCCACGAGAUCAUUCACACCGGCGACCUUCCCUACUGCUGCCACGAAUGUGGGAAACGGUUUAACAGGAAAUCCAAUCUGAAUGCACAUCUUCGAAUUCACAAGAGAGCACAUCUUCUCUCGUAUCAGAUGAUCCAAACGGUGGUGAUACCAGUGGACACAUUUUCACGUCAGAUCUUUACUGCUGUCUUCAAGAUCGUAACUAAGACAGAUUCUCUCCACAAAGGUCAAAUCGCAGUGUUUCGACACAAAGUGUGGGCUGUGAUCACUGAGGAGCUCUGCAAGAAAUCCUUUUCCAUUAAAACCAAGUCACCCCCCCACCAGAUCGGUCACAAAGGACAAAAGCCAUUUGUAUGUUCCGAAUGUGGGAAGUCUUUCACCCGGAGAUACAAUCUAACUGUACACCAGAUAAGCCACAAAGGGGAGAAUCCAUAUUCCUGUUCGCAGUGCGAUAAGAAGUUCCCCAUCAAGUCGUACCUUGUCAAACACGAAAAACUGCAUACGGGGGAACACACGUGUUCGGAGUGUGGGAAGUGCUUUUCCCAGCGAGACCAUCUUAGAUACCAUCAGAGGACUCACACGGGCGAGAGGCCAUUUGCCUGCUCAGAAUGCGGAAAGUGUUUUAACCAGAAAGUCCACCUUACCUCGCAUCAGUUGACUCACACGGGGGAGAAGCCUUAUUCCUGUUCGGAAUGCGGGAAAUGUUUCACCUGGCGUAACGCCCUCAUCGUGCAUCAGAGGACUCACACGGGGCUGAAGCCGUAUUUGUGUUCGGAAUGCGGUAAAUCUUUUUCCCAGACCAAAAGCCUUGCCUGUCAUAAGAUGACUCAUACAGGGGAGAAACCUUAUUCAUGUUCAGAGUGCGGGAAGUGUUUUCCUUUCAAACAUUUGCUUAAUAAGCACAAUAGAGCUCACGAAGGAGAGAAGCCGUUUUCGUGUUCCGAAUGCGGGAAGUCUUUUACGAGGAGGUCCAGCCUCGUCGUGCACCAGAGAGGUCACACGGGGGAGAAGCCGUAUUCCUGUUCGGAAUGCGGGAAGUGUUUUCCGGAGCGCUCGAGUCUCACUCAGCACGAAAGGACGCACACGGGGGUGAAGCCGUACUCGUGCUCGGAUUGUGGGAAGUGUUUUGCGAAGAAAUCAAACCUGAUAACGCAUCAGAAAACUCAUUCGGAGGAGAAGCCGUAUUCCUGUGCCGAGUGCGGUAAAAAUUUCCCCAUCAAGUCCUACCUCGCCAGGCACGAAAAAAUCCAUGCCGGGGAAGACUCCUAUACGUGUUCUGAGUGCGGCAAGUGCUUCUCCCAGAGGAACCAUCUCAUCCUGCAUCAGAUCACUCACACCGGGGAGAAGCCGUUUUUAUGUUCCGAAUGCGGCAAAUGUUUUCCGUGCCAGACCGCUCUCAUCAUACAUCAGAGGAGCCACGCCGGAGUGAAGCCGUAUUCAUGCCUGGAAUGCGGUAAAUCGUUUUCCCAGAGCAGGAGCCUCACCUACCACCAGAAGACUCACACAGGGGAGAAGCCGUACCAGUGUUCCGAAUGCGGCAAACGUUUCCCUCUCGAACAUUUGCUCGUCGAACACCACAGAGACCACACGGGAGAGAAGCCAUUUUCGUGCCCCGAAUGCGGCAAAUGUUUCACCAAAAAGUCCAAUCUCGCCAUUCACCAGACGACCCACACGGGAGAGAAACCUUACGCGUGUUCCGACUGCGGGAAAUGUUUCGUCAACAGGUCGGAUCUUUGUAGCCACCAGGCGACUCACACGGGGAUGAAGCCGUUCUCCUGCUCCAGGUGCGGCGAAAGUUUUUCUUACAAGUCCUCUCUCACGAGACACGAAAGGGUCCACACGGGCGAGAAGCCGUAUUCCUGUACCGAAUGCGGGAAGUCUUUCGCCCAGAAGGGGACCCUAGUUUCGCAUCAGAGGACGCACACGUGCGACAAACCCUAUUCGUGUUCCGAAUGCGAGAAGAGUUUUACUCGGAGAUACAAUCUUAACAUACACCUGAAAGGUCACCGAGGGGAGAAACCUUACCCGUGUCCCGAAUGUGGGAAAUGUUUUUCUUUCACCUCCGAUCUCACCAAACACAAGAGAACUCACACGGGGGAGAAGCCGUACUCCUGUUCCGAAUGCGGACGCCGUUUUUCACUCAACUCCGAUCUCACCAAACACAAGAUGAUCCACAAAGGGGAGAAGCCCUAUUCCUGCUCGGAAUGCGGGAAGGGUUUCACCCGGAGAUACAACCUUCUCAUACACCAGAAAGGUCACAAAGGGGAGAAGCCGUACAAAUGUUCGGAAUGUGGAAAAAGCUUCCCUCUUAAACAUUUCCUUAUCGAACACCAGAGGGUUCACACCGGUGAAAAGCCGUACUCGUGCUCCGAAUGCGGCAAAUGUUUUACCAAAAAGUCGUACCUGGCCAGACACCACGCCACUCACACCGGGGAGAAGCCAUAUUCGUGUUCAGAGUGCGGGAAAUGUUUCACUAGCGUAUCGAAUCUGAACAGUCACCAGAAAACUCACACGGGGUUGAAGCCGUUCACUUGCUCCGACUGCGGCGAAAGCUUUUACCGAAGAUCGGCCCUGAGCAUCCACGAAAGAGUUCAUACGGGGGAGAAGCCAUACCCGUGUCCUACGUGCGGGAAAUGUUUCGGCCAAAAAUCAAGUCUCCUGAAACAUCAAAAGACUCACACGAAGGACGUCCGAUACGUCUGGCAUUCCUGUUCUGAAUGCGGGAGGUGUUUUAGAAGCAAAUCGAAUCUGAGUUCACACAUGGAAGCCCACAAAGGAGAGAAGCCGUAUUCAUGUUCGGAGUGUGGAAAUUGUUUCCGCUUGAGAUCCGGCCUUCGGGAACAUCAGAGAACUCACAGAGGCGUGAAACCUUAUUUAUGCCCUGGAUGCGGCAAAAGUUUCAGUAAAAGGUCGCAUCUCACAACGCAUCAGAGGAUCCACUCUGGGGAGAAGCCUUUUGCCUGCUCCGAAUGCGGUAAAAGUUUUCCAGUUAAAUCGUAUCUUAUCAGACACGAAAGAGUUCACACCGGGGAUAACCCAUUCACAUGCUCUGAGUGCGGGAAGUGUUUUUUUCAGAAACAGCAUCUGAUUUCACACCAGAGGACCCACUCAGCUGAGAAGCCGUUUUCAUGUUCUCAAUGCGGGAAAGGUUUUUCCCAGAGUGACCAUCUUAUCUCCCAUCAGAUAAGUCAUACAGGUCGGAAGCCUUUUUCUUGUACAGAAUGCGGGAAGUGUUUUUCUCAGAGGGACCACCUUGUUUUGCAUCAGAUGAGUCAUACAGGAAAGAAGCCAUUUUCGUGUUCGGAGUGUGGGAAGUGUUUUACCUGGAGACCCAACCUUAUCGUACAUCAGAGGACUCACACCGGGGUUAAGCCAUAUUCCUGUUCGGAAUGCGGGAAGUGCUUUUCCCAGAGCAAAAGUCUCGCCUACCAUCAGAUGACUCAUACAGGAGAGAAACCUUAUUCGUGCUCAGAGUGUGGGAAAUGCUUCUCUUUUAAACAUUUACUCAUUAAACACUACAGAGCUCACACGGGAGAGAAGCCUUUUUCAUGUUUGGAAUGCGGAAAGUGCUUUUUCGAGAGGAAACGUCUCCUCUCCCAUCAGAGGACUCAUACCGGGGAGAAGCCAUAUUCAUGCCCAGAAUGUGGCGAGUGUUUUUCCUCCAAACACUCUCUCACGGUUCACCAUAGAGCUCACACGGGAGAGAAGCCAUUUUCAUGUUCGGAAUGCGGUAAAUGCUUUACGACAAGAUCCACUCUCACUAAACACCUGGCGGCUCACAUGGGGACAAAGCCAUUCUUCUGUUCCAUGUGCAGGAAAUGUUUUUCUCGGAAAUCCUCGCUCGUCACCCACGAAAGACUUCAUACGGGAGAGAAGCCGUAUUCCUGCUCUGAAUGUGGGAAGUGUUUCACCGAUCGAUCAAAUCUUACUUCCCAUCAGAAAAUUCACACCGGCGACUUGCCGUUCUCCUGUACAGAGUGCGGGAAAGGUUUUAAAAGGAAGGCGGACCUGGCUUCACAUAGCAGUCGAAUCCACAAGAGAGGACAUCUUAGCUAACAACAGAAGACGAACUUGCAAAUGUGUUU